CUUUUCCUGUAAAAUUUUUCUGCUUAUUUGCGCAGCAAGACUUCCUGGGUUGGAGUCAGCAUUGAGAAAUAUUAGACAGAAAACACAAUUAUCAACAUCUUCAAAGAGCCAGCAUAAUACUGGAGGAAAUAAUGGACUCCCCAACAAAUAUCUUCCUUUUUGCUUGUAUCUUUACAUUCACACUGUGGAAUAAUAUCCACUUAUCUGUGGAAAAUGAAUUUAUUGAACACUAUUCAAGCAGCUUUCUAGCUUGGGUUCCAAAAACAUCAAGACACAGAACAGUGUUGUAUUUAUCACAGAAAAAUAUCUCUGAACUUCAUCUCUCAGAUUUCAGUUCUCUGCCUGAACUGCAAGUAUUAAAUCUGUCUCAUAAUCUAAUCAGAGAACGUGACUUCAAUGUUUUCAAAUUCAAUGAGAAAUUAGAAUGCUUAGAUUUAUCUCAUAAUAACUUGUGGAAUAUGUGCUGUCAGACUCUUGCUAGUCUUAGACAUUUAGAUCUUUCUUUCAAUAAAUUUAAAACCUUGCCCAUCUGUCAGGAAUUUAGCAAUAUUUUGAACCUGGAAUACCUGGGACUGAGUGCCACAAUGAUACAAAAGUCAGACUUCAGAGGUAUUAAACAUUUGCAACUGCAAACUGUGUUCCUAACCUUAGAAGACCUUUCUCAUUAUGAAUCCAUGAGUCUGACAGUCUUAAACACAAAGAACCUUCACAUUGUUUUCCCAAUAAACAAAAACUUCGCUUUUCCCCUUUUGUAUGAUGGAAUGAGCACUUCAGAGAAGUUAGAAUUGUCAAAUAUUAAAUAUAACUCUACAGAUUUCCCUUUCCCUCCUUCUGAGCCUUUGAAAUUCAAGACAUUCAAUCUGAGGUUCAACAAUAUGGAUUUGUCCUGGAGUAUCCUUUUGCAAAUUUUCAUGAUUGUUUGGUAUACACCUGUAGAAUAUUUUGCUGUGAAAAAUUUGACCUUUUGGGGAUCUAUUCUGACCAAUACUGACUUUUCACUCUUAAGCUAUCUGGCACCAUUUGUCUAUUCAGGUAGUUCAAUGAAAGCACUUAUACUGGAGGAUAUUCGUACUAAGGUAUUUUCUUUCUCUCAAGAGAUUCUGUACAAAGGAUUUUCAGAUAUGAACACUGAAAAUUUGACAAUAUCUGUUGUGUAUAUGCCACACAUGCUUUGCCCUUCUAACACUAGCCCGUUUCAAUAUUUAGAUUUUUCAUACAAUGCCCUGACAGAUGAGGUAUUUAAGAACUGUGAUACUCUGGCUCAUUUGAAAAUGCAUAUCUUACAGAGAAAUCAAUUAGAGAAUAUUUCCAAGGUGAGCUCCAUGACGAGUAAAAUGAAAUCAUUGAAACACUUGGACAUAAGUAGGAAUUUGCUGUAUUAUGAUGAGAAUGAGAACCACUGCCACUGGGUUGGAACGCUAGCUAAACUGAACAUCUGAUCCCAAACUUGGAGAAGGAAGAUAGGUCUGUACAGAUCUGUCUGCAUGAGAGGAACUUCAUUCCAUUCAAGUCCAUUAAGAAGCUUUCCUAUGUAAGGCCUACAGGAUUUGGCCCUAUAUUUCUCUUUUAAUACUUCUUGCUUUGCUGCACGUAAGCAUUCUGGUUGGCCUAGAUCUGCUUACAAAGGAGGUACAGAAUUUCUCAGAAAUCUCUAUUAAUUAUUUACUGUAUAUUAGUUAAUACCUGAAGUUAUGAAGAAAAAUGUUUUACAUGGUAAUGCUCAAAAUUGCUACAAUCUACAAGGAUCAUAUCAGUCCAUAACAGCUCACUUUUUUGUAUCUUAUUUUUGAUGAAAAGAAAUUACUAUAUAUUUUGACCUGUUUUCUAUUAGGAAUUGACAAAGAUAUAACAGGAACAAAAGAAUCCUUUACUUUUUCAAUUUACCACUUUAUUGACCAGAUUGCCCUUACUUGGAAACACCAUAAAUGGCCUGUUCAUUUAUAAAACACAUUUUAUUUUAUUAUAGCCAGUUAUCUCCUUCAGCAACUAAUGAACAAUCUACAUUACUCUUCAUUAUUUUUAGCUGAGAGGGAGAGAGAGAGACUACACAUAGUCACGCAGAUAUUUAUAAAAUGUAUUACAUACAUUGUAUUAAAGAAAAGUCCAUUUUAUUUACAGAACAUCAAUAACAAAGCAAAAUAUGCAUUAAAAAGGGGAAUUCGCAUAUGUUCUAGUUAGCGGGAUAUUUUUGAUUAGCAAAACUGAUACUGAAUUAGCCAAUCUAUUUACUAUUUCGAUGCAGAAACUUCUCAUUUUUGGUAGUUCUUUCAGCUCCAGACAGUGUAUUUUAACUCUAAUACCCUAUUCUCUUUGUAUGUGUGGGAAACCCACAAUGGAUUUAGCCACAGGGCUUGGAAGGGAAGGGUUACAAUAUUGAGGGGAGGGUCUGGGGUUGCUGAUGUUAGUGUGCCUACAUCAGAGCUCAACAGCUUUUCACUUCUGUUGCAUGCUAUCUUACAAUUGUGUCAGAGUUUGGAGGUUUGCUCAGAGGGGAGUUUGGCAGAAGUGGUCCCAGUCACCCCACUUGGGUUCAGGUUUGAGAUAUGGGAGAAAAACAGAUGGAACAGACCCCACACAUUGAGAUUGGAGUCUGUCAUAGGGUAGCUGUUCCCAUGGAGAGACCAAGUGAAGCUCCUUUGGACCAGAGCAGGCAAGUCCAAUCCAGAGGACUGGGCUACACCUGGGCCUAUAAAGGGCUGCUAAUGGAGGGGAGGAAUGGAGACAGGCUAUGCCCUGAGGAUAAAAAGCCAUACUGGAGUGCAGCUAGCUCCUGUGGCAGGGACCCUGGAGCAAGGAGCUCGGGCUUGUGCUCAUGGAAGCAACCCUAGGGCUGUUGCUUCAGGAAAGCAGUGGAGCAGACUGAAACUGGGAAGCUUCCAGGAGUAGGGGUGGCAGAGAUGCCUGGCAUGGAUCGCUCUGAAGCCUGAGGCUAAGUAAUGAGUUAAUUACUUAUUAGUGAGACUUUCCUGAUUGUUAAGAAAAUAAACCUCCUUGUUGGAGAGGGAGAAGCUGGGCCGGGUGACAGAGUCAUUAAUUCAGGGGUUGGAGAGAAAAAUUCAGACCCCGGCUCAGACAGGGAAUGUUGAUUCAUGACAUAGGAUCACUCUUCUGGGAUCCGGGGGGGAGGGGGCCUCAGGACUUUAAGGGUUUCAUAGAGGUUAGUUGAGAAUAUGAUUACGCAGACGUGUCAGACCAAGUGGGAGUUCUGCAACACUGACGAUACGAUAUUGAGAGGUGAAUACAUAGACAUUUUAGCACUGCUCCACUGGGAAGCUAUGACAGACAUUAAGAUGGGACAGGACAAGCAAAGCAAGGACAAGCCAAGCAUCCAAGGAUGGCUAGAACCUGGAAAAACUGGGAAGCAGCUUUUUUAAUCUACACAGGUGUCGUUUCAGAACAAUUGCUGGGAAGAAGCCUGGAUAUAAUCAGGAGGGCAUAUAAUACAUUUGGAGGCAUGGUUUGAUUUAACUAUAAUGAGUGAUUUAGACUGAGAGCUGCAACUCAGACUAGGAUUUGAUGGGACAUCCUGAUUCAUAUGCGGUGGUUGGGAUGCAUGACACCACGGGGGCCAGGUGUUCACACUGAUAGUGGCCUGUUUACUACUCAGCAUGUCCACUAGAGACUUGAUGUUCUGAAUAACAUUUGCUGGACUUUUAAUGAGGGUGGGUGUUUUUGGAACAUCUACAAAUUUAAACAUGGCUACAAGCUGUGUUUUGGGGCCUAUGCAGCCCACAACUGCUAUAGCUUUAAGGGAAAGCAAUAAUAUGGUAGAAUAUGCAGGGUAAACCCAUAGGCACCCGCACCGCAGGUAUCACCAUGAAACUUUAGGGCCUAUGACAGGAAUUUUAACAAUUUUGUGCAAUAUGAGGAGGAGGGAAAGCCUGGCGAUGAUAUUGCUGAUUCCAGACCAGAAGCUUCAAAACAUGGUGUCUCUGGUUACCUGGAGGCUUGCAGCAGCUACCAUCUCCAUUUGCCCUUCGGGCUUUACAUUUGUCAGUAGCAUGAGGGGCUUACCCAGAUCCUUGUAGUAGGUUCUUAGUUUGGAGGAUUUCAGUGGAGUGGUCUUGGCACGUGGACCCUAGAAAAGAUCCAUGUCACCACACCACUGUUCAAAUGCAUAGAGACUUAAUGCAAAUUCUCAAUCAAAUAUAGAAGAAGAUAGGAGGCAGCCUUGUUCAAGGGUUCAUUCCUAGUAGCAUUAUUGGAGCUUUUAGAGUUAGCAAAUUCAUGCGUGGGUCAGCAAAGGAUAUUUCUAUAAGGGGUUCGGAGUGGAGGGAUAUACAAUGAGAAGAGAAAUCAGUCAUCUUAACUGUGAGGAUCUCGAAAGCUGAUGGGGGAGGCAAGGUGAGUACAUAAUGCUACAGGUACCGGCAGUGGGUAUCAUAGGCCAGGGAUUCUAAGCCUCCCUUAACCCAGGCCACGGCCCCACCCAUGCUCCACCCAGAGACUUUGCCAUCUCUCCUCCUCUCCCCCAAAGCAGGCAGGGGCUCGGCUUGGGGCUGGCCGGCAGCCUGGAGGUUGGGCUGGGGCUCAGGGCCAGCCAGCAAGGAUAGGGCAGGCUGGUUGGCAGCCCAGUGCUGUUUGGCCAAGGCUUCUGUGUGUGUGUGUGUAAAUGGGCUCUGAUGGGUUAUGAGGGCAGAAGGGGUGGGACCGCGGGGCUAGCCUCCCUGAAGUGGGUAUUCAUGUGCUGCCGAUGGCUGCAGGAGGGGGGUGAGGCAAAGAUUUACGCUGUAAGGGCACUAAGGACUUACACAGCAAUGGUGUCCAUUGGCGAGGAGCCCCUCUUUAUUUAGGGUGAUGGAAAGCCCCUCACAACAUACAGUGCAUUACAGUUUUCAAACAAAGGCUUACAAAGUUCAUGUUAUCAGUCAAAAAUCUGGUUCCCAUGCUUUCCAGGUAGGGGCUGCUAUGACUGCAGCUGAGCUAGAACUAGGGGCUACAUCAAUUCAGGCAAUUGGGCAAUAGCAUUCAAGUGCAUACAGGACAUACAUGAGACCCGAGGUAGAGAAUCAGAGCUAAUUCUCUUCUCUUACUUUGAGGAUCAUCAUGCAAAUAGGCUAAGCAAGUGGUAGUGUGGACUUGCAGGCAUAGUAUUGCUUCCUGGGUGCAUAGGUGGGCUUCCAAGUAAUUGGACAGUUCACAUCUAGGCCUGGGGAGUGAGGCAACCCUGAGCUGGCAUGGAAGAAGAGACAUACUAUGGGACCAGCUGCUGCACCUUGUACACUCUUUGAAAGCCAGGGAACAGACACUAGAUGCAAAUGUUGUUCAUCUCAGUUUAAAAAAAAAAAAAAGGAUGGAAUCUAUGGAUAUCUGAGUAGCUGGUGAGAGUGGGAGAGGCAGCCAAGCAUUUUGCCGGUGCCUCCAUGUGGCCGAUGUCCAGUACAGUACUUGGUAUGGAAGAAUUUGAAGGAAGGCAUCCCUUAUGGGAACUGAGUAGGAGGAUUUUGGAUUCCUACAUCUUGUUAGUGGGGAGCUAAUCCCCCUCCUUUCCCUGGUCCCCUUUAAGGGAGCUGAGGAAGAGUGUAUAGGGCUCCUAUGUCAGGAUCAGUGGGGGGCCAACCCCCUCCUCCCUGCAUUGUACAAUUUGUUCUUAGUUACUUCCAGAUAUUAUAAGUGAAUAAAGUUGUAGCCUAAUUAAACCAACCCAUGGCCUCCUAUCUUUCAUCUGGCUUGGACGGACAAUUCAAGGUGGCCUGAUUUCAGAGGUUCUGAGAACACACUACUCACUGACUUCAGUGGCACACAGCAUCUUUGUAAAUGAGGCCAUUUAAUUAGAGUGUAAGUAUGAAUUUAGAUGCCUAGUUUUAGGCACCCAGGUUUGAAAAUGCUGGCCACAGAUUUUAUCAAAUCUUGCCCGAAAGAGUAUAUUGUAUGUUUGUCUUGGACCUAUUCAUGAAAUGGCUUGUGGGAGAAUUCACUCCUGUUCAACACCAAGCUGAUGCAUUAUUUAAGCAUCACGCACCAAUUCAACCCUAAGAUUUCAGUGGGAACUGGUGAGUGCAUACUUCAUUGGGCUGAGAGCUCAAUACUUGAAAUUCAAGCCACUUAGGACUUGGGGGAGAUUUUCAUAGGCAGAAGGGACUUUAGAGCUGUUGGUGAGUAUAUUGGUGGCACAGUUCUCUCUGAGUCAUUACUGAAUCAGUGCCCCUAUAGGUGACUAGAGAAGAUGUAUAAAACUAAUGUUCUGAUCACUCCUAGUUAUUAAAGAUUGGAUGGAAUUUUUCACAAGAAUAGCAAUAUUACCUCUGGUGUCACUGCCAAGUUCCAGCUGGGAUAGUUACCUACCUAAUUUCUCCCUCAUCCCAACAAUGUCAAUUUGGAUACAUAAUUCUUAACUUAGUAUCCUAAACUGUUGUGUAAUAUUGCUGUAUGCUGUUAAACAGCUGUCCGGCUAAACUCCAGAGGUGGCUGCAUUUCAGCACUGGAUGGGCUGACAUCUAUAAUCACUUUACAUACUGCAGUGUCAUGAAAGGUGCUGUAUAACUGUCAGAUAUAUUAAUGAAACACAAGGCAGGACUGGAAGAGCUCUAUGUACGCUUGAAAGCUUGUCCCUUCCACAAACCGAAGAUGACAUCCAAUAAAAGAUAUUACCUCAUCUACCUUGUGUGUCUCAUAUCCUCGGAUCAACGCAGCUACAGCAACACAGCAAACAGGUAUAUUAAUAGUUAUUAAUAACAUAGGCCAGCCAUCUGCCUCUACCUAUAUAGGACUUUUACAAGUACUAAAUUAUACAGCAAAGAAAACUAUCAAUCUGUCAAAAAUACGUAUUCUUCUAUACCUUAAAACACAUUUACCUGUUCCCAAAGACCUAAAACAAAGUGAAAAAAAUUAAACAAAUGAUUAUCAUUAAUUUUAUUGAAAAUAUUGAGGUGACAUUUACCAGCACUUAUUCUGUCCUGUUUACAAGAUGUGAAAAAGAAGAAGUAAAACAUCUUAACUUAGAUUUCCUUACUUAUGCAAAGCAGUGAAAUCAACAAGAUAUUUCUUCCUGUUAGCUAAUUUCUGGUAUUGUGGUUUGUUGAAGCUCUCAAACUUAGUUUGUUGGGAAACAUGAUUUUUUUAUUUCUUUCUAAUUUGCAGGUAGCUGGGAAAGAGAUACUUUGAUUCCUGAUGUUCUCCAAAUAUGAUUACUAACCAGUAACAUUCUCCUAUACUUUUCCUUUCCUCCCACAAAAGUCCAACUCAAAGGCAAAGUGCUAAUUUCAUUGUUUACCUAUCAUACCCUGCUCUACUGGGAUUUACAAUACAGUGCAGAGUCCCUCUCAAGGAGCAAACUUUUUUUAAUUUGUUUUUGGAAAUGUUUCUUGUAACUUCCUUGCUGUAAAUGUAGUUUGUUUUUCUGAAAUUGAACAGGAUAGUGUGCUUCUGGCCAGGGGAUAUACAAAAUGUUGGUUCCUCUUGGCUUUGGCUAAAUGCCACAAGAACUUUCGUUUCCUUAUAGGUUAAGUGAGGAAAUGUGCCCUUGCCAAGAACUUUAAAAAAUGGUUGCCUAAAGUUAGGCUCCUAGGGAGAGACUUUCAAAGGCACAAAGGGGGAUUUAGGCACCCAGCUCUCAUUGACUUUUCAAUAGAAGUUGGGUGUCUAAAUGCCCUUCAUACUAUUGAAAUUCUCUCCUUAAGUUAUUAGAGGCCUGAUUUUUUUUCAAGUAUUGAGCACCAACCAGCUCCCACUAAAUCAUAGGCAGUGGAGCACUAUGACAUUUUGAGUCAGGCAUACAAUUCUACACUUGCAUGCAAAAUGGCAUCCUCCAUGCCGUGACCUUGCUCAUACGGUGUGUGCGAGGUCACACUGUGUGGCAGAUACUAUUUUGUUCUACAACAUGGUAUCCUCCAUGUGCAUUUGGAGUCUGGACGGAAUUGCCCUGCUGUCACAACUAGUCAUGGGGCAUGCAAUGCCUAGACAGGCAGCACACCACUGGUCGUAGAAGUUAAGUGGUACAUGAUAUUUUAGUGGUGCCUCAUCUUUGUGCUGGCCCUCUCCAUGGGGGUGAAUUUCAACACCAGAGAACAGGGUAAGUGAAUUUUAUAAACAAAAAAUAAAUAUUUAACAAAGAUUGGGAGAACAAUCUUGAAAACAUUAGGAGAUCUGGGUAUGCAAAGACUGCAUAAUCUCUGGGGGAAAGCUAGAUGUACUAGCUGAUUAAUUUUUUAAAUGUCUGAUGAAAUUUUUUAAUUGUAAUUAAUUCACUUGUUUCUUAAUAAGUUUGUCAUUUUCUAUGUUCAUCUGUAUUUAUAUGGAGUAAGAGCGACAUCCAGUGGCCAGCUGUUUAAUCGUUGUUGAGUAUUUCCUGUAUAUCUCUUAAAGGAUAGCUUGCAUUAGAAUAGAUAAAGCACACUCUUCCUCUGAAUAAAAUGUCACAAUAGAAAGAUAAUGAAUUGCUUAUCCAGUUCAACACAUUCAGGAAUAUCUCCCAUGUGCAGGUUCAUGUACAGCAAACAACAUAACAUGCUGCUUAGAGCCUGGGACUCAAGAUGCAAAGAUUUGAGUGCUAUAUCUACCAGUGAUUUGGGGCUUGCCUUUUGGAAAGUCAAUUACCUCUUGGUGCCUCAGUUUCCCAUUUUGUAAAAUGCACAUAUCUACUCGUUUUUACUAAAUUCUGUGAGAUCUGGCAAUGCACAGCGUUGUAUAAGCAGUAAAUAGUAUCAUGUAUGCCCUAACAGGUGGUUCCAUGGGAACCAUUAGGAACUGGUGCUAAACAGAUGCUUUUAUUCUCAUUUAUUUAAUAUUUUAAUUGUUGUUUGUAGGGACUUAUUUUACUUUAUUUGUUUCUUCUAUAUAGUUACCCAAUACCAUAUUACUUUAUUUUCAAAAGUUUUCAAAAGUAAGUGCUCAUGAUUUUGAUUUGCUGGGCCUGUCUCCUCUCCCAGUUACUUCAGGUGGUUUGCUGAGUAUUUUGUGUGUGUGUGUGUGUGUGUGUGUGUGUGUGUAUGACGGGAGAACACACAGAAACUCAGAACAGACAAAGGGGGUAGGGUGGAGAGGCAGAGGCAAAAAGCAUAAAAGCUGAGCAGUAGAUUGUGAGCACAGUGUGACCCUGGAAAAAACUAGCAAGGCAGCUUUUGGGUCUGGUGUUGGCUAAAGAGGGUUGGCACUGUAAGUUAAGAAUCUGCUCCUUUUUGUUCUUGGUUCCUCCUAUGUUUGGAGGAGCAGGACUGUGAUGCAGUCUUGAUUAUUUACACUGAAUAUAUGAAAACACCAGACUCCAUCAAUUUCUACUUCCAACUGGAAGAGGGCCUCACAAUUUGAUUAACCAUUCAGCUUGAAAAGGGGAACAUCUGAAUAUGACUAAGAAAAUCCCUGAUCCUGCAAUGAACUAACCUGACAUCAAUGCAGCUCUGUGUUCCCAAAUCAUCACUGACUGUUGUGUAGUUUAGUCCUUGACAUCUCUAAUAAUGAGGAGUCCGAUGGCACCUUAAAGACUAACAGAUUUAUUUGGGCAUUAGUAAAAAACCCACUUCAUCAGAUGGCUAUUCCACAGCUUUUCCUGACAGUCUGUUUCAUGGAGUGAGUUCAUAGUUCCAAGAUUGCCUGAGUUUCUAAGUGAAAUUUAUGUCUUUGUCUACCCUUGCAGUUUAACAAUGUUCAGCAUCGGUUCAGUUGUAAAUGUUGCUCACAUCCUUUAUUGGUGAGGAGUAACUUCCUCAGUGUAAUGCAGAAUUCCUUCUCUUCCACCUCCAUCUUUCAUUACUCUCCUUUUUUCCCACCUAUAUUCGCCUUCUUUCUCCUCUUUUUCUCCACUGCCUGGUAGCUUAUACUGGGUCUUUGUCAGAGUGAGCUGAUUGCCUUACUGAAUAUUCUGUAAUUUGUAAGAAAAGCCCAAGAACAAUGAAGUGAGUGCCAACCAAUAUUCUCAGCUGCAUCUGCCCAGCAUCCUGGAAAGCUGCCCUUGCAGGACAUUCUGGACACUAAUCCACCAGGUGAAUGCAAUGACCCAUUUCUACAAAUUGUCAAACAGGAGCUUGGCAAUGAAAUCAAUUGCUUUAACAGUCCUGAGAAGUACAUUACAGCUGGCAUGUGCCUCACCAUCAUAAAUACUCUGUAAAACAUGUACAAUUUCUAAACAGACCCAGAGCCUGAGUGCCAGCUACAUUCCCACAUUUUAUCUGUCUGGCACUACCAGCUAGCUGCCUGCAGCAUUGUUGAGGCUUGAAGCAUUAACACUUGGAAUUCUGCUUCUUCAUCCACAUCUGUCUGGCCAAGAAGAUAAAAUGUCAAUAUUUUUCAUAUGAAGUGACACUAGUGUGCUCUGUUUCAGAGUAGCAGCCGUGUUAGUCUGUAUUCACAAAAAGAACAGGAGGACUUGUGGCACCUUAGAGACUAACAAAUUUAUUUGAGCAUAAGCU